AUCUCUCUCUCUCUCUCUCUCUCCCUCCCUCUCUCCCCCUCCUCUCUCUCUCUUCCUCUCAGCUUCACUUUCUCCCCAGUAAGGAUGACAUCCCUGAAUUUGAUGAAGCAGCGCAGCGCACAUUCUGGCUGGUUGCUUCGGAGGGAAACCCCACAUGAACGCUUUUACUGGACGAGGAGGUGCCGCAUGUGAAGAAGACCAAGUAGAGGACCUGUCAGCUGUAGCAGUCUCUCUAUUAGAGACUGGAUCCAUCGACUGUCCAGAUAAGACCAGACUCAUUUGGAAGAAAAACACUCAUUUAAAACACGACGGAGCCAGAAUUGCCGAACACAUGUCACAGGUUGAGCAGGAGAUCUCGCUUGUCCAGAGGAAAAUGUCGGACCUUGAGUCAGUGCUGCAGCAGAAGGAUAUAGAGCUGAAGGCCUCAGAGACCCAGAGGACAAUCCUGGAACAGGACCUGGCCACCUAUAUCACAGAAUGCAGUAGUCUGAAGCGCAGUUUGGAACAGGCCCGUAUGGAGGUGUCACAGGAGGAUGACAAAGCGCUGCAGCUCCUCCAUGACAUCCGAGAACAGAGCAACAAGCUCCAAGAAAUCAAAGAGCAGGAAUAUCACGCCCAGCUGGAAGAGAUGAGAGUUACCAUCCGACAGCUGGAGGAGGACCUGUCUGCCGCCCGUCGCCGUAGCGACCUUUACGAGGCUGAGCUGAAAGACUCUCGUCAGAGCAGCGAGGAGCUGAAGAGGAAGGCUGCAGACUACCAGCACAGGAUGCAGAAGGCUAGAGAGCAGGGCAAAGCGGAAUUAGAGGAGGUGAUCGCCAGACUGGAGAAGACCAAUGCUGAGCAGCAGACAAAGAUUUAUGAACUCCAAGAGAAGCUCACCAAGGCGUCAAAGGGGAGUGCUGAGGCCGCAGACCUGCUUCAGAGUAUGAGAGUGGCCAAAGACCGCAUGGAGCGAGACCUCGAGAGACUACAGAACAAGGAAGACUCGAGUGACAGCUUGCGCAGACGCCUCCGUGAGACUGAGGAUGGCAGGAAGACUCUGGAGAACCAGGUGAAAAGACUGGAAAUUGUUGAGCGCCGUGAGACCAAACUGAAGGAUGAAAUUCAGAGCAAGGCCCAGCAGAUUCAGCAGAUGGCAGAUAAGAUUCUGGAGCUCGAGGAGAAUCUCAGAGAGACUCAGGCCACAGCCCAGCGGUUCGAGACUCAUCUAAAGCAGAAGGAAAGGCUCUAUGAGGACAAGAUAAAGGUGCUGGAAGCUCAGAUGAAGGCGGACAUGGCUGAUAAGGAGAUGCUGGAGUCCAGUCAGAGCAAGUAUGAGGAGGAGGUGCGGGAAAAGUGCAGCAUCAUCAGUGAACAGAAGGCGACCAUAAAUGCUAUGGACUCUAAGAUGAACAGCCUGGAGCAGAGGAUUGCUGAGCUGUCGGAGGCCAACAAACUGGCAGCCAACAGCAGCAUCUACACACAAAAAAACAUGAAAGCCCAGGAGGAAAUGAUCUCAGAGCUUCGCCAGCAGAAGUUCUACUUGGAGUCUCAGGCUGGGAAGCUGGAGGCCCAGAAUGCCAAACUGGAGGAGCAUCUAGAGAAAAUGAGUCAGCAGGAGCAAAGCAAUAAGAGCCGUGUGAUGGAGCUGGAAACAAGACUCAGAGAGAUGGGGCUGGAGCAUGAGGAACAGAAGCUGGAGAUCAAACGUCAGGUGACAGAGUUGACCCUGUCGCUGCAGGAGCGGGAAUCGCAGAUCAGCAACCUGCAGGCGGCUCGGCACGCUCUGGAGAACCAACUGCAGCACGCCAAGACUGAGCUGGAGGAGACCACUGCAGAAGCCGAGGAGGAGAUUACUGUGCUCAGAGCACACAGGGAUGAGAUACAACGCAAGUUUGAUACCUUGAGAGACAGCUGUGCGGUGAUCACAGAUCUGGAGGAGCAGUUGACCCGACUCACGGAGGAGAACGCUGAGCUGAACCGUCAGAACUUCUACUUGUCCAAGCAGCUGGACGAGGCUUCUGAUGAGAGAGAGGACCGGCUGCAGCUCGGCCAGGACGUGGACAGGCUGCGACGAGAGGUGGCCGACCGCGAGAUGCACCUUAACAACCAGAAACAGAACCUUGAGACGCUGAAGACCACGUGCACCAUGCUGGAGGAGCAGGUUCUGGAGCUAGAGACCCUGAACGACGAGCUGCUGGAGAAGGAGAGACAGUGGGAUGCCUGGAGGGCGACGCUGGAGGACGAGAAGAACCAGGCUGAGAGGAGGACCAGGGACAUCCAGAGACUGCUGGACACAGAGAAACAAAACAGGCUUCGCGCAGAGCAGCGCAGCUCCGAGUCUCGUCAGGCUGUGGACCAGGCAGUGAAGGAGCACAAAGCUGAGAUCCUGGCCCUGCAGCAGGCCCUCAAAGACCAGAAACUCAAAGCCGAGAGUCUCGCAGACACUCUGAAUGAUCUGGAGAAGAAGCACGCCAUGCUGGAGAUGAACGCCCGCAGUUUGCAGCAAAAGCUGGAGAGUGAGCGAGAUCUGAAGCAGAGACUGCUGGAUGAGCAAGAGAAGCUGCAGCAGCAGAUGGACGCCCAGAAAACCCACAUCUUCCGUCUGACCCAGGGACUGCAGGACGCGCUGGACCAGACUGACCUGCUGAAAACUGAGAGGACUGACCUGGAAUACCAGCUGGAGAAUAUCCAGCUCCACCUGCAGGCUGUGUACUCCCAUGAGAAGGUGAAAAUGGAGGGGACCAUCACACAGCAGACCAAGCUCAUAGACUUCCUCCAGGCCCAGGCCCACGGUGGCUCCAAGAAGAAGAAGGGCCUGUUUGGCCGUCGUCGUGAGGACCUGUUGGCUGCCAUGGCUGCUCAGGCUCAGGCUCAGGCUCAGGCUCAGAGUCAGGGCCAGGGCCAGGGCCAGGGCCAGAGUCAGGGCCAGGUGUCCCCCGUGCCUCCCAUCCAGCCAGUUCCCCUGCAGUACAGUGACAUGAAGGUGGCUCUGGACAAAGAACGGUCCCGCUGCACUGAGCUGGAAGAGGCUUUGCAGAAAAUGAGAGCAGAGUUGAGAACUCUGAGAGAGGAAGCACUCCAGUACAAAGACCAUGGUAACUCCCCGAUCCCGGCCCCAUCGCGGCAGCAGAUGAUCAUGUCCGCCAUGGUAAAGUCUCCUGAGCACCAGCAGGGGCCGACAAACCUGGCACCCGCCAGCUCUGGCCGCCGGAAGGAGACUGCCACACCUGAGGAAAGAAGGAGGGUCUCUUUUGAAAAGUACAGCCGUCGACUGAAGGACAGCCAGAGGGACAGAGACAGAGAGAGGGAGAGAGCGGUGCACCACAACACGCCGCACCGCUUCACAGUGGGACUCAACAUGAGAGCUGCCAAGUGCACCGUGUGCCUGGAUACUGUGCACUUCGGCCGCCAAGCUGCUACCUGCCUCGAGUGUCACGCCUUGUGCCACCCCAAGUGCUCCCCCUGCCUUCCAGCCACAUGUGGCAUGUCCAGUGACUGCUCGCUGCAUCUGUCUGACGGCUUGUGUCGGGACAAAGGCAGCUCUCCAGGACAGCAGCUCAAAGACGCCGGUGGACACAUGCACCUGGAAGGCUGGAUGAAACAGCCCAGGAAUGGGAAGCGAGGUCAAGGCUGGGAGAGGAAGUAUGUGGUCCUGGACGGGACUAAAGUGUCCAUCUACGAGAUAGAGCCCAGAGAAGAUUCAGUGAAGCCAGUGGAGGAGUUUGACUUGUGUCUGUCAGAUGGAGAGGUGAUGGUUCAUGGAGCUGUAGGAGCAUCUGAGCUUCCAAACACUGCCAAGUCAGACGUCCCUUACGUCCUGAAGCUUGAGUCUCGCUGUCACGCCCCCUGCUGGCCCGGACAGUCCAUUUACUUCCUGGCUCCCAGUUUCCCAGACAAACAGCGCUGGGUGGCCGUCAUAGAGUCUGUGGUGGCCAGUGGGCGAGCGUCCAGAGAGAAGGCCGAGGCAGACGCAGCAGCCGUGUCCAAAAGACUAAAGGUUCUGUCUCCUCUGGUCCAGAAGCUGUUGGGAAACUCUCUGCUGAAGCUGGAGGGAGAUGACAGGCUGGAUAUUAACUGCACUCUCCCUCUCACAGAUCAGAUUGUCCUGGUCGGCUCUGAAGAAGGUCUGUACGCGCUGAACGUCAUCAAGAACUCGCUGACUCACAUCCCCGGUCUGGGGUCCGUCUUUCAGAUCCACAUUAUCAAAGAGCAGGAGAAACUGCUGAUGAUUGUCGGGGACGAGAGGGCGCUGUGUCUGGUGGAGAUAAAGAGAGUAAAACAGUCUCUGGCUCAGUCGCACCUGCCCAGUCAGUCUGAACUGGCUCCUUACAUCUUUGAGACAGUGAAGGGUUGUCACCUGUUUGCUGCUGGGAGAGUCGACAAUGGUCCUUGUAUAUGUGCAGCGAUGCCGAACAAGAUCACCAUCCUGCGCUACAAUGAAAACCUCAACAAAUACUGUAUCCGUAAGGAGAUUGAAACUCUGGAGCCGUGCAGCUGCAUCCACCUGACCAGCUACAGCAUCAUCAUCGGAACCAACAAGUUCUAUGAGAUCGAAAUGAAGCAGUUUGUGCUCGAGGAGUUCUUGGACAAGAACGACAUGUCACUGGCCUCGGCCGUGUUCGCCGCCUCGUCUCACAGCUUCCCCAUCGCCAUCAUGCAGGUGGCCAGCGGCAUGCAGAAGGAAGAAUACCUGCUGUGUUUUCAUGAGUUUGGCGUGUUUGUGGACAGGUACGGAAGAAGAAGCCGCACUGAGGAAAUUAAGUGGAGCCGUCUGCCUUUGUCUUUUGCCUACAGAGAACCUUACCUGUUUGUCACCUACUUCAAUUCUCUGGAUGUCAUCGAGGUUCAGGGACAUGCUGCUUUGGGUCCCACAGUGCUGGCUCACCUGGACAUCCCCAGCCCUCGCUACCUGGGCCCAGCCAUCUCAUCCGGGGCCAUUUACCUGGCGUCAUCCUAUCAGAAUAAACUGCGGGUCAUCUGCUGUAAAGGGAGUCUGAUCCGAGAGUCUGGAGAGCUGCAGAGGAGCGGCUCCAGUCGAGGCAGUCCCACUAAGCGAGGCCCGCCCACCUACACUGAGCACAUCACCAAACGCUUGACCUCUGGCCCCGGCAGCCAUGACGGUUUGCAUCGAGAGCCCAGCACGCCGCAUCGCUACAGAGAGGGUCGCACUGAGUUCAGACGGGACAAAUCUCCCGCCCGACCGCUGGACAGAGAGAAGUCGCCCGGCAGAGUGCUGGACAGCCGCAGGGAGAGGUCACCCGGGAGAUUCGGGGACAGCAGCCGCCUCCAUGCUGGCUCUGUCCGAACGCAGCUCGCCCCUGUAAAUAAGGUGUGGGAUCAGUCGUCAGUGUGAACCCAGUUCUGCUGCAGACCGAGGUUUGGAGAGAAACCAGAGAAGACACUUGAUCCGCACACACACACACACGCACACACACACACAGACACACACACACACUGAGGCUGACUGACAGCUUCAUUGCUUGUACAUAGUGCAGUCUCACUUCCACUUUGAACAACACAUAUACCUGCACUGGGACGCGUCUCCUGCGACAUCCCCCGUUUUUCUGAGUGGUGUUUUCAGUAGAUUUGGUGGCAGGAAACCUACAGAUCAGGAGAAGCUACUUUAUAAAGUCUAUUCAAAGGUGUACAUAUAUAUAUCGCUGUGUGAGUUUUUAUAGAUAAAGGGAACAGUCGGCUGGUGAAGAAGCCAUGUCUAUAUUUUUUAAAAAAUGCAAAUCUGAAGAUGUUUCAGGGAAAAAUAAUGAGGUCAGUGGAAAAGGAACAUCCGAAGAUUGAAUCAGAAUGUGAACGAUCACAGUUCAGAGGAUCCAACCGUGAAGAGGAACUCCGAGGAAGCGACACUUUGCACACGAGAUUGGAUUUGAACAGGAGUUUAAGAACAGUCUCUGUCUUUGGAUGGAGCGUGUGGUCCUGCUGACUCCACAGCCUUUGAUAUGUUACCGCAUAUGAUUGCUUUACAGACAGUCGUCAUCAGCCAUACUUUGUAAAACAAUAAUUAAGCAAUGUUUUGCUCCAAGUGUUCCUUGUUUUGUUUUUUGGCAAACCUAAGAAGAAGAAACACGCAGCUCUGCCUCACAGUCAGGCCUCAGCUUUCUCUCUCUCUUCUGCUGCUGCUGCUGCUGCUGCUGCUGCUGAUUAUGGUACAGAUGUCCUGUUUCUGUGCAGUGCUAUGAAGUCUCGUAUCGUCAGAGGUUGUCACUUCUUAGUUUGGUUUCUCUGGAGCCAGUACAGCCUCCCCCCGUUCAUCACAUCAGUGAGCAUGACUAACGUAGAGCAGCACUCGUCGUUUCUUCAAUCUUGACUCGUUCUCUAGGUUGUUCUUUUCUGUCAUGAAUUCACUUGACUUUGCAUUCAAUUAAGUAGACGUCGAUGUUAGACAGUGUUGAUUUUUAAAGUUGUAAUCCAAGUUAUAUGCAUUAAACACAACUGAAAUGAC